GCGCGCACGCCAGUGGGAGGAGGGCUUUGUCUCACCACCAGGAGACGGACUGAAUCACAAUUAGUCUCAUAUGCUCUUGUGAUAUCCUCUGAACGCGUGCCUAUGCAUGUGUUUAAUUACGGGUGAAAAAAAUGAGCCAUCUUAGUUAAAAAAGAAGAAAGCAAAAGAAGAAAGCGGACAUCGUGCGUUAGCGCGGUACUGCUUAGGCGGUGCUGCUUAGAAGACUGCAGUAGGACUCUGCCUCUGUCCGUCCCUCCCCGAUGUGGUUUGUGUUCAAGUUCUGCCUGACGUACGAGGGAGCAUCCCAAAAUCUUGAAUGCUUUUGAAACCCACCGUGGCAUGAAAUGGAAAGAAGGCACAAGUAAAUGCUGAAAAUGUCCACUCCUAAUGAUCUCAAGUCAGCCUGUGUGCCGAGAAAUGGAUUGGUCAAGUUGUCUGCACAGCCCAAUGGCAUAGGUUCUGCCAGUAUCACCAAAGGAACCCCAGCCGCCAAGAACCGCCUGUGCCAGUCCUCUUCUGUGCCCACCAUUCUGCCUCCACCCAGCUUGCCGUGCCAUAUUGAGCCUCCACCCAGUGCUGCUUCACUUCUGGGAUCUGAUCCUGACCUUGGCUCCCCCACAUCUGAUCUUGCACCAUGUAGAAAGUUCUCCAAGCCUCUCACUGAACGUCAGAUGGUACUGGAUGAGAAGAUCUUGAACCGCCUGCUCUGGUACUUUACCACCGCUGAGAAGUGUAUUCUAGCCCAGGUGUGCAAAACCUGGCGAAAAGUGCUUUACCAGCCCAAGUUUUGGGAAGGUGUAACUCCCAUCCUUCAUGCAAAAGAACUCUAUAAUAUCCUGCCAACUGGUGAGAAAGAGUUUGUCAGCCUUCAAGCCUUUGCUCUUCGAGGAUUCCAAUCUUUCUGCCUGGUUGGAGUUUCUGAUUUGGACAUUUGUGAGUUCAUUGACAACUACCCUCUUUCCAAGAAGGGGGUAAAGUCCGUCAGUUUGAAAAGAUCGACCAUAACAGAUGCUGGCUUGGAGGUUAUGCUGGAACAAAUGCAAGGCCUAAUUCACUUGGAGCUGUCGGGGUGUAACGACUUCACAGAGGCAGGGCUAUGGUCAAGCCUUAACGCACGACUCACCUCCCUCAGUGUCAGUGACUGCAUCAAUGUGGCUGACGAUGCCAUUGCUGCCAUUUCUCAGCUGUUGCCCAAUCUCUCUGAGCUUAGUCUACAGGCAUACCAUGUGACGGACACAGCUAUGGCCUACUUCACUGCCAAGCAGGGCUAUACCACCCACACCCUGCGCCUGAACUCCUGUUGGGAAAUCACAAACCACGGUGUGGUGAACAUGGUGCACAGUUUGCCAAACCUCACCUCCCUGAGCUUGUCAGGUUGUUCCAAGAUCACAGAUGACGGCGUGGAGCUGGUGGCUGAAAACUUGCGGAAGCUGCGCAGUCUAGACUUAUCCUGGUGCCCUCGUAUCACUGACAUGGCGCUGGAAUACAUUGCCUGUGACCUGCACAAGCUGGAAGAGCUGGUCCUUGACAGGUGUGUCCGCAUUUCAGAUACAGGACUUGGGUAUCUCUCUACCAUGUCAUCCCUCCGCAACCUGUACUUGAGGUGGUGCUGUCAGAUACAAGACUUUGGUUUACAACAUCUGUUUGGGAUGAGAAGUCUGCACCUUUUGUCCUUGGCUGGUUGUCCCCUGCUGACCACCACAGGCCUGUCGGGCCUCAUUCAGCUGCAAGACCUCGAAGAGCUCGAAUUGACCAACUGCCCCGGGGCCACCCCAGAACUUUUCAAGUACUUUUCGCAGCACCUUCCCAUGUGCAUGGUCAUCGAGUAACAAGAGGAAGUUGUGGAGCAGUUGGCCACAAACAGCCAAACCUUCCUCCUCUUCUUUAAACCCGAGGGCUGAACAGUCAUCUUCAUUCAGAACUUGGAGAGAUGGGGGAUAAUUUAAAAAAAAAAAAAAGGGAGAGAGCAAAGAGAGCACCUGCAUUUAAAAUUAGGACGGAGAGACGGUGGCAGAGUGGGAUAUCUACAAAAAUCUAAACGUGUAAUAAUAAUAAUAAUAAUAAUUAAUAAUGAUAAGGAUAAUAAUCGAACUCCAGAACUCCAGCUUUGAUGUGACAUCGUUCUGUGUUUUGACAAAGGGUGCGUGUACAGGUUUCUCCAGUCAUCUUGCGUCCAUUGUACCACAAAGUGUCUCGACGGGGAAGAGGAGUCAAGGUGGGACGAGGCGUAGCGAGGCCUCAGCCCCUGUGGUGGGAGCAGCACUUUGUAAAUGCCAUCCACCAUCUGUCCAUCCAGUGACUUGAAGCUUCCAUACCAUCCUGAGAUUGGAUUUUGGUGUCUCGUCUUAAAAAACGAAGAAAAACAAACAACACAGGAGGGUGAAAAAAAAAAAAAAAAAGACUACUGACUUGGUGGGAGCUGCACGCUUUCUUGCUUUUUUUUUUUUGUUUGUUUUUUAAAUUUUAUUACUAUUAUUUAUUUAUUUAUUUAAUUGCAUAAUUUUUUAAAAUUCUGUUCUCAAAUUUGAAAUCUCGCGAUGAGCAUCGGAGCGUUUCCAGCUUCUCAAAAGAAACCGCGUAUACAUCCAUGGAAGUGAGGCAGGAGUGGACAUCCUCUGCUUUUUUUUUGGGGGGGGGGGGGGGUGUUAUGGGUUCAUCAUCUCAACCGAAGUGUCAGACUAGGACUGGACCAAGGAGGACAUUGAGCUUUAGUGUGCCCCCCCCCACCACCAUGGGAGCCUUUUCAGUAGAGAGUUUAUCCGGCAUGGAGGGUUCAGUUAGGAGACCCUCUCACUUCUUUUUUUUUUUUUUUUUUUAGGGGGGGAGUGGAAAAGACUCUCUGACCUUGUUGACUUGGGCCUUUUUUGUUUUCUAUUCCUCUCCAUUUCUUUGAGCUUAGCCAGGUUGUGUUAUUGUGGGUCUGGACUUGUCACAACACCAGUUGCUGUACUUCACUUUCAUGACUGAUAAAAAAAAAAAAACACUGCUGAA